CACGACAGAACCAAGGCGAUUCGCAGCGCUCGCGUCAGAUGGUCAUACGUCAAAGUUAUAUGCAUUGCUUGCUCGACGCAACGAGCCAGCAAAAUCACCUAUCGCGGCUCCGAAGGGCGUUUUCGGAGCGUCCUGAAGAGAGACACGCGGAGAGAAUCGCGCGUCGAAAUCGCGACGAAGGAGACGAGACGUCGUCGUUGCGAGGCCGCAGCGAGAAGAGGAUCCACUGACUGACAACUUCUCCGGAAGCCCGAUCGGGGUCCGAAGCUCGUUCCGAUUUUCACGGGAGAUCGACGUAAUCGUCCGCUAUAUUGCACAGAGAAAGAUGUAAACGAAGCCGUCUGUCGCAUCCUCGAGCAUCUCUCUCUUCGUCUUCGCAGGUUUCUCUCGCGCACUUGGCUCUCGACUGACGCUGCUUACGCAACCUAACCUUCUUCGUCUCGGUCGAAAAAACACUGUCAACGAAGGAUCACCGUUGUGUCUGCAUUCCUCGACCUGCAAAAAAUUUUUAGCGUUUGUGCUUGAGGGUAUGAAGAGCAACUCAUAUUGCGAUAACUGUAUUGAAAAAUCAUCUGCUAGUUAACUGGAUUUUCAUUAUGGAAAAUCAAGGUUAUCACCAUCAAAGUCUUUCAACCCAUCAGUCUUUCUGGAAGAAGAAUACACGUGCUGUGCCAGGAAGGCCAAGCCUGAAGCAGGAUGUUAGAAACAAUAAAUUUAAUUCCACGGCGAUUGGAUCUAGCAAUCUAACUAGUAUUGCUAAUAGUAGUGGUAGUACAGGUGGAAGUGGAGGCUCUACUUCUUUCCAAGAUUUUCAGGAGAGCGUGGAUGAUGCAUGGGAUUCGGGAGAUGACGAAUUUUGCACAGUUUCGGAUGUGAAGAUAUCGAAGAAAGUCAGUCACUCAGCAGCUCUUAGUGUUAUCAACAAUCACAGAUCUGGCAAUAAGUGUUCACAGUUGCUCCAGGCAAAUGCCAAAGCGGUUCAGCAGGAAAUUAUUCCUGAAGAGAAAAAGGUGGAAGCCCUUCAGAGGCUAGCGGUGCAGCCAUUACAUUUACGUAAUGCAAAUCUGCAAUUACAAGUGAAUAAUAGCCAGCAUUCCAGUGAGAACAUAGAUUUGAAGUAUGGCUCAUCACCUCAGCACAAACCAACGCAAUUUCCGGGUAGACCACAACCAUUGAGGCAGACAAACGCUCCCAAUAAAUUUUUUAUACCUUCUAAGGAGCAAGAUGGUGAAAGUAAAGUGGACAAAUUUCAAUUGCUUUUGGAAGCAUCUGUUUUGAACUUGGACGAAUUAAGACAGUUAUCGUGGUCGGGUGUACCUGCCAAAUUACGUUCCGUCACUUGGAGAUUAUUGUCUGAGUACUUGCCUGCUAAUCUGGAGCGUAGACAACCCGCGUUGGAACGUAAACGACUGGACUAUUGGAAUCUGGUCAAACAGUAUUACGAUGUCGAACGAGACGAGGGCUUUCAGGAUACAUAUCGUCAGAUUCACAUCGAUAUUCCCAGAAUGUCGCCACUCAUCUCUCUGUUCCAGCAGACGACAGUGCAAUUGAUAUUCGAAAGAAUAUUGUACAUUUGGGCGAUCAGGCAUCCAGCAUCUGGUUAUGUUCAGGGUAUGAAUGAUCUUGUGACGCCCUUCUUUUUGGUUUUCUUGCAAGAAGCAAUACCAAUACAGGCUUGGCAAGAUUUAGAAAAUUAUGACGUAGCGUCGUUGUCGAAGGAACAGCGCGACAUCAUUGAGGCAGACAGCUUCUGGUGCCUGUCAAAAUUCUUGGAUGGCAUACAGGACAACUAUAUAUUUGCUCAAUUGGGAAUACAGCAUAAAGUAAAUCAGUUGAAGGAACUGAUACAGAGGAUCGAUGCACCAUUGCAUCAACAUUUACAUCAGCACGGAGUGGAUUAUCUACAGUUCUCCUUUCGAUGGAUGAACAAUCUACUGACCAGAGAAAUCCCGCUUCACUGUACCAUUCGAUUGUGGGAUACUUAUCUGGCUGAAUCUGAUAGAUUCGCAUCAUUUCAACUUUACGUGUGCGCGGCCUUUCUUCUACUUUGGAGACGACAUUUACUCCUGCAACCUGAUUUUCAAGGGCUGAUGUUAAUGCUACAAAACCUGCCCACGCAAAACUGGACGGAUUCGGAGAUCGGCAUGCUGGUAGCUGAAGCAUACAAACUGAAGUACGCAUUCGCCGACGCGCCAAAUCACCUACAAGCUCAUGAUACCACAGCUAGGUGACCAUUUUUAGUUAACGAAUUUGGGUUAACGUUAUUAUGAAUAUAGUGGCCAAAUUGUGAAGGUGCCGGUAGUAUUGUGUUAACGCGCCGGCUCUUUUCUUCCGUCUCUAUCGUCGCUAUGUAUACUGUGACGUUCAAUCUAUCACGGCCAUACUGAAAGUUUCCAGAAUGCGCGAAAAGUUUUUACGUUUUGUUUACGCGUUGUCUAUUAAGUUUACUUUAUUUACUUUGUGCGUUAUAAGGUUUAUUCCUUUGUUGUUGAGAGAAUUUCGCGGACGGAGAUGUUUAGAUAUAUUCGCCAUGUUCCGCUUCGAAUAAGAUAUAAAUAUAUGAAUCAAGACGCGUGCGCAUACGCGCACGCGAAGAGUGUAACGCGAAUCAAUUGCCAUUUCCCGGUUUGCAUUACAUUUUAUAUAUAUAUAAAUAUAUAUAAAUCUCAGACACAUUAUAUACAGAUAAUAUAUAUAGUCAAGAAAGUUUUAUAUAUCGA